GUUUAUAAUUCCACGUUAGUGUUCUGUGUCACUGUGUGUGUCACUGUCAAAAGUCAAAACCUUCCAACCUCACUUUCGGAAUUUGUAAACACGUAAACAUUUGUAAACAAGCAAGCAAACCAAACAAAAUAAUAAAAGAACAAUAUUGAAUGUUUUUAAUUCAUUAAAAUCAUAUAGAACUUAAUAUGGCAUUCACGUUAUGGAACUUAUUUGAAGCCACUAUUUUAUGGCUUAAUGCAGUUUGCAUAUUGAGUGAGGAUAGGUUUUUAAGCAAGUUUGGUUGGGGUUCUAAAAAUACGAACGUUCAUGGAUUUGGUGAAGCACCCUCUGCUAAAUCACAAAUUUUUAAUUUAAUUCAUUCAAUUCGUACUGUAGCAAGAGUGCCACUAAUAAUCCUAAAUGCUCUUACGAUAGUUCUGGAAGUAAUACUUUAGUAAUCAUUUAUAGAAGAAUACUUAUAAUUUUUAUUAUUAUCAGUUAAGAAUUAUUUUUUGGAAUGUAAAUAAAUCUUUUUUAAACCA